UCCUGGGCGGCGGAGGCGGCAGGGCUGGGCCCCAUCGGGUGACUGCGAGCACCUCAGGCCGCCCUCCGGCCCCAGAAGGCGGAGCUCCUUGUGCUGGUUGGUCAGGACUGACCAUGCCGGCGCCUGCGAGGAGGGCUGGAGGGACGGGCCUGGGCCGUGCAACCUCCUUGAGGUUGGACCCUCUGGCUAGGGAUCGGCUGCCCAGCGUAGGUCUCGAAAGCCGUCUUGCGGAAACCGCAGGUCAAAUUUCACUUUCCCGGUUUUCGCAUCCGCUGAUUACGCAGCGCUUCGCCGCCUCCAGAAAGUCCCCCAGCCGCACCCCUUACGUAGCCAGUCACCUCCUCCAUUGUAACGACUAUUUUUCACAUCUGUUUCCUUCAGUUCCCCAAUACAACUCAUGAAGGUUUCAACGUCACCCUUCACACCACCCUGGUGGUCACUACGAAACUGGUGCGCCCGACCCCUGCCAAGCCCAUCCUCCCGGUGCAGACGGGGGAGCAGGCCCAGCAGGAGGAGCAGUCGAGCGGCAUGACCAUUUUCUUCAGCCUCCUCGUCCUAGCUAUCUGCAUCAUAUUGGUGCAUCUACUGAUCCGAUACAGAUUACAUUUCCUGCCAGAGAGCGUUGCUGUUGUCUCUUUAGGUAUUCUCAUGGGAGCAGUUAUAAAAAUUAUAGAGUUUAAAAAACUGGCAAAUUGGAAGGAGGAAGAAAUGUUUCGUCCAAAUAUGUUUUUCCUCCUUUUGCUUCCACCUAUUAUAUUUGAGUCAGGAUAUUCAUUACACAAGGGUAACUUCUUUCAAAAUAUUGGUUCCAUCACCCUAUUUGCUGUUUUUGGUACGGCAAUUUCCGCUUUUGUAGUAGGUGGAGGAAUUUACUUUCUGGGUCAGGCUGAUGUAAUCUCUAAACUCAACAUGACAGACAGUUUUGCAUUUGGCUCCCUAAUUUCUGCUGUUGAUCCAGUGGCUACUAUUGCUAUUUUCAAUGCACUUCAUGUGGACCCGGUGCUCAACAUGCUGGUUUUUGGAGAGAGCAUCCUCAACGAUGCAGUCUCCAUUGUCCUGACCAACACAGCUGAAGGUUUAACAAGAAAAAAUAUGUCAGAUGUCAGUGGGUGGCAAACAUUUUUACAAGCCCUUGGCUACUUCCUCAAAAUGUUCUUUGGCUCAGCAGCACUCGGCACUCUCACUGGCUUAAUCUCUGCAUUAGUGCUAAAGCAUAUUGACUUGAGGAAAACGCCUUCCUUGGAGUUUGGCAUGAUGAUCAUUUUCGCUUAUCUUCCAUAUGGGCUCGCAGAAGGAAUCUCACUCUCAGGCAUUAUGGCCAUCCUGUUCUCAGGCAUCGUGAUGUCUCACUACACACACCAUAACCUGUCCCCAGUCACCCAGAUCCUCAUGCAGCAAACCCUCCGGACUGUGGCCUUCUUGUGCGAAACAUGUGUGUUUGCAUUUCUUGGCCUGUCCAUUUUUAGUUUCCCUCACAAGUUUGAAAUUUCCUUUGUCAUCUGGUGCAUAGUGCUUGUGCUGUUUGGCAGAGCGGUGAACAUUUUCCCUCUCUCCUACCUCCUGAAUUUCUUCCGUGAUCAUAAAAUCACACCAAAGAUGAUGUUCAUCAUGUGGUUCAGCGGCCUGCGGGGGGCCAUCCCCUACGCCCUGAGCCUGCACCUGGACCUGGAGCCCAUGGAGAAGCGGCAGCUCAUCGGCACCACCACCAUCAGCAUCGUGCUCUUCACCAUCCUGCUGCUGGGCGGCAGCACCAUGCCCCUCAUCCGCUUCGCGGACAUCGAGGACGCCAGGGCGCGCCGCAGGAACAAGAAGGACGUCAACCUCAGCAAGACCGAGAAGAUGGGCAACACCAUCGAGUCGGAGCACUUGUCGGAGCUCACCGAGGAGGAGUACGAAGCCCACUACAUCAGGCGGCAGGACCUCAAAGGCUUCCUGUGGCUGGACGCCAAGUACCUGAACCCCUUCUUCACGCGGCGGCUGACCCAGGAGGACCUCCACCACGGGCGCAUCCAGAUGAAAACCCUCACCAACAAGUGGUACGAAGAGGUGCGCCAAGGCCCCUCAGGCUCCGAGGACGACGAGCAGGAGCUGCUGUGACCGAGUGGGACGCCGUGGCUCCCGGGCAACCGGGGCCGCAGCAGCGCCAUCCAGCCUCCCCACGGCUCCCAGGACGAACACCCAGCAAGGGCCCCCGAGGCGUGUGCAUUUGGCAGUUCUUUAGGGUGGAUGGAAGCAGGGUGACGCACAGGCCACUGUCGUCUUAACCCAGGACCUCCCAGGCCUUUGGAGCCAGCCGGCUGCCCUGAAGCACCCUCUCCCCGCUCCUCACUGGGCUGGACCUCUCCCUCAGGGUGGUUUCCCAGCCCGCGGAUUGGAGGGACCACCUUUGCAGGUAAAUGUUUCCUUCUGCUUCUGUAGCCGGGGAAUAGUCAUCUGUCACGCCGAGGUGCCUGAGAGGAGAAAUCCUGCUGUGGACCCACUGUGCAGGGCGUCCCGGGAGCGUGGUGUGCCGUUGCCGCCAUCCCUGGCCACUGCCUUCAUUACAGGGGCCCUUCCCUGCUGGACGGGUGUCGGUACCAGCAGGGCGAGGAGCCGGCCGCCGCUUCCCUGUGCGUCAUCAAGGCGCCUCCACCCUCAGCAGCAGCGGUUCUCACCUAAGCGGCAGGCUCAGAAACCUUGAAAACCUCACACUCCCCUUCGUGAUGUCGCUUGCACUCCCUGAGAAAGAGAAACUGAGUGACCUUUUUCUCUUUACCUCUGAUUGGCACCUCACAGGCUGUCUCCCUGGGCAGCAGGCAGCUACUGCCCUUCUCUGGGAAUACUGUGAAUGUUUACACUGGAACCGAGCACGAGGGCACAGGCACCUCUCUAGAGCCCCAAUGGAAGCCGUAUCCCUGGGUUUUUUAGGGGGUGAGCGACCCUAUUCUGUGGGGUCAGAGCACUCUCUAGAGGGAAAGUCUACAGGGUUUAUGCUGGCCAGCAGCUGCUGUCUUAGAAUUCAGUUUAAAUUCAUGCACUUUUAUAAAGUGGUGAGAGCCUAGCAGUCCCUUCCCUGACCUCGAUUCCUUACUUAGUGGUCCUUGUUUGUUCAGAGGCCCCUUUUCCUGGGCUCUGCCCACCGUUUACCUGCUGCACCUUCAGUGCUCAUCGGCAUCUUUUUUUUUUCCCUCUCCCAGUUCUCUACCAUCUUGGGUCCCAUUUGUCCCCAUGCUCCUCCUCUGCCACCCCUCCCCAGGACUCCAGUGGCCUGCAGCCAGAUGCACGUGAGUCUCACCUGCAAUCCCUGAGCAGCCACUGCUACCUCAGGACUCGCUCACAGAGUGCUUGUGCGCGCGCGCACACACACACCACACACGCACACCCCUGCCCCGGCCACACACGCACACACACACACACACACCAUACACACACACACACCCCUGCCCCGGCCACACACGCACACACACACACACACACCAUACACACACGCGCACACCCCUGCCCUGGCCACACACGCACACACACACACACACACACACACACCCCUGCCCCGGCCACACACGCACACACACACACACACCAUACACACAGGCACACACCCCUGCCCCGGCCACACACACACACACGCACACACACAGGCACACACCCCUGCCCCGGCCACACACGCACACACACACACACACACACACCCCUGCCCCGGCCACACACGCACACACACACACACACACACACACCCCUGCCCCGGCCACACAUGCACACGCGCGCGCGCGCGCGCACACACACACACACACACACACACCCCUGCCCCGGCCACAUGCGCACGCACACACACACACCUGCCCCGGCCACACACGCACACGCGCGUGCACACACACAUACACACCUGCCCCGGCCCCAUGGUCGGGGCCCCCGGGCCAUCUCAAGGUGAGGAGCUGCCAGUCAUGUCCAGAGGACAUGGGGUUUCUGACUUCCCCGCAUCCACCCCCUUCACCGGCCCUUUAACAAGUCUUUACCUGCUUGCUUGUGCCCAUCUACAGGCCUCUGGCAGUUUCCAUAUGUGGCUCAGCGUCUCAGCUGGAGCCUCGGGACUCAGCACCCUCUGGCGUGGUUUAAUUCAUCAUGUGCAUGUCCUUGGUUCUGUUUCGAACACAGUGGGCCAGCGUGGACCUUGGGCUGGCGGCAAAUAUGUUUCCAUCUUCUCAGCCUCAGGCAGCGUGGCUCUGGAUGUGAGGAAGGACUGACCUUGGGACCCUCCAGGACCCAUGUACCCAGCCCACGAGGCCAGGCCCCUGCCCUAACCCCUUCCCUUGCCCCAGAAGUGUAAGCGUAAAGCCAGUCAGGCAGGAGGGCACAUGGCUUCCUUUUUAUGCAUGAACAGUAAAUUUGUACUUGAUAGAGCUAAAAUAUGAUCAUUUCUUUUUGUAAUCUCCCACCUUAACCCCAUAAUUUGAGCCAAAUAGGAUUACUUUACUUCACCUAAUAUCCCCACUGGAAGAUUAAUGCCAUGCAUAAUUCCAGGCUCCAUCAUUUCCUGUUUCUUUUUAGUGGAAAAGAGAAGAGGUCAAAGGGAGGGGACCUUUGUCCAUAAGGGGAUGGGGGAGGGGGCAGGGAUCAGAGGCCAGAUUGUUCUCUCAUUCUCCAAUUCAUAAGUCACUGACUUUUCCCCCUGAAAUUCAGAGUCUGAUCUCCGAGGUGUAAGUUGCAUUGUAAACUCAAUAGCUUGCCGGAAAAAAAUUUUUUUGGCUGUGAGUUCACAGAUUAAAUAAUGAAAACAGGAUCUUCUCAGUUCAGACUGCCCUUUGUCACCAGGUCCCACCUGUCCUCCCACUUUUAGCUGAGACCUGAGAGUGACACUAAGUAGAGAAGCACGCGGGGGCGGGGCGAGGUCUCCAAGGCUUGGCUGUGUGCAGGUGGCUGGGGGAGUCUUGCCCGGCCUGGAGCAGCGCCAACCUGGGUGUCCCGUGAGCUGCUCCUGCCCUCUGCUGGCCAAGUAAUGGCUUAGCAGCGUGGGAGGGCAUUCCCCCGUCGAGGAGGGCGCCCCGUGUGCCUCAGCCAUCUGUCUGUUCACCUCUGGUGGACUUUUUUCAGAUGUCUUUGCCUGAGAAUCAAAAAUUGCUGCUGUCUACCUUUAGCAUUCCUAAUAAUUCUAUUGUUUGGGGCAAUAUAUGCCUAGAAGAUUAAAAAAAUCCAGCAUAACUAUAACUUCACACACGUUUUCUUUUAGGUCUAGGCCAUGGGACAGGAGAAGUAUAGCACAGAGAGAAGGUAAUACUUUAGGAGGAGGUGAAGGCUGUAAGGUCAGUGCGUGCCUCUGGGGAAGCUGGUUGGCUAGCCAGUGAACUCUGAAGACGUGCCGUCUUGGGGAGCUGGGGUGUUCUGUAGCACUAAGGCCCCACCCCAAGGCUCCCCCAGCAGCCCCUCCGCAGCAGGCCCUACGAUUGGGGACUUGGAAUAUAUCACGUGUUCUGCAGCCCUGUGGUUGUAGGACCUCUGGGAGUAACCAUGCUCAGAGGCUUGGCGUGUGAGGCCUCCCAGGAGAAGAAGCUGGCUUUUCCUAGGUACCCGGAGACCAAGUUCGGGCUGAGCUGGAACAGAGCCAGGUGGAAGGUGGCUCAGUUCCAUCGUCUGGUGCUCACUCAGCCCAGGGGCAGACCCUCUCCCCCAGGCCACACACUGGGAAUGCUGGCUGGGCCCCGGCUGACGUGAGGCUGGGGGCCCAGAAUGUUGGCAGCCCCUGAGUACCCCAAGUCAGCCUAGGGAGGCCCUGACUUGCCUGCAGAUUCCUCUGUGCGCAGUGGCGUGUGGAAAGGCUGGUGAGUGGGGAGCCUUCUCCUUCAAGCCCUUGCCUAAGGUGGCCUUCCGGGGUCUCAGGUCUGCACUCCCACGGGGGUCCACACAUGUGGCAAAGUCCCCAGCGGGGAGGCCACAGCCAGAAUCCCUCUUCUGCUUCGGUGGGGAGAGUGAGGGUGGGGCCGGGCGGAGACUGGCUUCUCCUCAGCCAGGUCCGGGCCACCAAAGGUGCGGGAAGGUGCAGGCGUGGCUUAGGGGGGCUCUGGCCUUAGAACUGACCCCUGAUUCUAGUGGGAGGAGGAAUCUCUCUCAACAGCAAUGACUGACUGUCAGUUAGGACUUCAAAUGCCAAAAAAAGAGGAAAGAUCCUUUGCUCCUUCCCCAUUCCCUCCAGAAUGCAGGCAUGUGAUUCUCCUGCUGGGUGGUGGGUAGGAAAUUAUCUGAAACGUUCCCAGUAGAGCAGCCAGAAUCAUUAAGAAGUUGUUCUACCAGGAACGCAGUCUCCAAAGCCCCAGGCAGGCGAUAUGUUUUAAAUGAAAACACCACAGUCAGAGUGACGGCUUCGGAUAAGCAGCCACACUCCCGUCCACUUAGUCUCCUGCCGUUUCUCACACAAAUGGAGUUGGAUGUUCAGGGACUUCACCAUCAUCGCCCAUGUUACGAAAGAAGACUUUCUAAUUUCCCCCACCCCGUUUCACCCUUUCUCACCCCAGCCGACACAGUCCCUAAUCCUAGAGGGAAAAAAAAUGUGUGGCUUUUCCUACCCAGGAGCUGGUCUUUGCCCAGCUGCUCUGCGUGAGCGUCCUGGCUUCAGGGCAAGAGAGCUGAGCGCUCGGAGCGCAGCCGUGGGCCCCGUAGCCAUGGGAUCGAUGGGGAUUGUGCAGUGCGGUGGUCAAGAGAGAAAGGUCACCCGUCAGCGCUAUGGGACCCUGUCCAAGGAGCUGGUCAGCCACGCGGAAGAGCCACUUCUCCAGGCCCCAGCGCUGCUCUAAGGAGCCGUGGAGGCCCAUGGGCCAGAGAAGGCUCCUCACUCGCUUGGCUGACUACCGAAGGUUAGGUUCGUGGCUACCAAAGGCUUUAACAUUUUCUCCAGUACAGCUCCUGCAAAGCUUGAUUUGUUCUCAAGAUUAAUCAGAAUCUUGUAUUCUUUUGAGUAAUUUUCUUUGUAAAAAUGAAGGAUUUUUUAAGUACAGCUUUUUGAUAUAAGGACUAUUGGGAAGGUCAGGCUUGUUCUUUUGCCCUCCCCCAAGUAAGAUGUGAGAGGCAGUUGUUAGGUCCUGGUUCCUGAGAAAUGAUUUGCUGCUCUUCUUGGUGGGGCUGCGGGUUGCGGAGGGGAAGGUGGGUCGGAGGUGGAGGGACCUGCAGCUGCUCUGCUGGAGCCUCUACCUCGUCUCACUGGACUCUUUAAAGAAUUCAGAAAUGGAUGGAAAACAGUAAUGUCACUGGAUUCUUAUUUAGAAAUAAAAAUGAAUGCUGCUGAAUCAGA